UAACAGUGUAACAGUGUAACAGUGUAACAGUGUAACAGUGUAACAGUAAAGCCACUGGCGCACGUCUCUUCGCACCGCCUAAACGCCCCCAACACCAUUUACCACAAACCACUUCAAUCCUUUGAGCGAUCAUGACGUCGACAGCUGCAGUUAUCGGUAGCACAGGCCUUGUAGGCUCUCACAUACUGACCACUCUCCUCGGUCUCGAUGACUUCAAGUCGGUUUAUACCGUCUCUCGACGACACCCGAAAGCAGAGUCGCCUAAAUUAGUCGCCGUUGUUGAGGCCGACACUACCAAGUGGGCAACCAAUCUUUCGUCCAUUACGCCCCCGCCGUCUGUAGUUUUCUCCGCCUUGGGAACGACUAGAGCUCAAGCUGGUGGCAUUGCGAACCAGUGGAAAAUUGACCAUGAUCUUAACAUCGAACUCGCCAAAGCCGCGCACUCUGCUGGAGUCAAAACGUUCGUCUUCGUCUCGUCGGCCGGUACGCGCGGGUUCCUUGCCAGCUCCGCUCCCUACUCCAAGAUGAAAGUCGGCGUCGAGGACUCGAUCAAAUCUCUUGCCUUCGACCAAGCGAUCAUCCUACGACCGGGCCUGAUUCUCGGGCAGCGCGAAGUCGAGCACACGGGUGGGCCACUACUCAACACCAUUGUUCGCGGCUUAGGAAAGAUCACCCAAGGCGCGCAAGACUUCUUGGGUCAGGAUGCAGAGGUCAUCGGACGCGCUGCUGUUCGCGCUUCCGUACUGGCCGCCGAGGGCAAAGCGCCGAGCAAAUAUUGGGUUCUGGAGUCAUCUGAUAUCCUCAAGCUCGGACGAGACGAGUGGAAAGCUUAAGAGGGACGCAUAGGAUGGUUAUACCUUUUGUUUUGGGACAUGGAGUCUGGCGCAUGGGCGAUAUCUCAUAUCCGGGUGAUGGGAAGACUAGUUUGAAGAGACAGGAAGGAAAUCGGGAAAUAUUGCACUUAUCACGAAUCUUAUUACAACCAGGUACAUAUCUGCGGCUCUGCGUACUAAAUUAUUACAGCCAGUUUCUUGGUAAAAGAACAAUUCAAUACCCUUGGCUUGUCUUACUCCUGUCGUAUAAGCAUCUCAUUGGGUGGUAGUACGAUGACCGCGGGGACUUCGAUAUAGUCUCCACAGUAAGGUGGAAGAGCUCUCCUUUCUUGUCAUAGUGUCACUCGAGAAUAGAAAACAUAUGAGAUGCCAAGUUAUGAUUAACUCGAUUCAAUAUUUCGUACAUUUGUUUGAUCCGUCACAUACCUUAGGUACCUACAUAGCGGAUGAUCUUAUUCGAUCU